GUCCAACAGAGCUCAAACUGGGCCGGUGCUGCUUUGAUCGCAGACUCUGACUCUGCAACGUACACGUCCGUCACCGGUACCUUCACCGUGCCAUCCCCCUCUGCUCCCGAAGAUGGAGGCGAAGGCCAGUACUCUGCUGCUGCGUGGGUCGGCAUCGACGGAAACACCUGCACUAGCGCUAUCCUACAGACUGGUGUCGACUUUACCACGUCCGAUGAUGGUUCGACUACGUAUGACGCCUGGUACGAGUGGUUCCCCGACGACUCCUACGACUUUACAGGGAUACAAUUCUCCGCCGGAGAUUCCGUCACAGUCACAGUGAACGCAACCUCUUCCACCUCCGGAACCGCGGUGAUCGAAAACAACACUAACGGCCAGAAAGUAUCCAAGAGUCUCACCUCUACUUCUCCACUCUGCCAGACCAAUGUGGAGUGGAUCGUCGAGGACUUCGAUGAAGGAGGCUCUCCCGUUCCGCUUGUCGACUUUGGUACGGUGACUUUCACCGGAGCCCAGGCGGCCACGGAGCAGGGUGAUAGUGUGGGCCCGGCUGGAGCAACUAUUAUCGAUAUGGAGACACAGGGAGGUGGUGGUGCGACUGCAGAAGCUGAUUCAAGCUCUGUUACUGUCACUUAU